AUGUUGGUCAUACGGCAGGAUACGACCUCGAUCAUUUCCUCCGAUAUCACGACACCAACUUCAACCACCACGAUCUUUACUAUCGUCACAUUAACUACAACUGUUCCACCCAGAGGUCUCCCUACUGGUCUUGUCACGCCGUCUUCGAUGGCCACCCAACCAACCGAAACACCACCGGCCCUUGCCCCCAGUUCGCCCAGCGGCCUCACCACCGAACAAGUAGUGGGCAUAACAGUCGGCGUCAUAGCCUUUGUCUUCCUCCUACUGAUCCUCGUCGCCGUCUUCCGCCAUAAACUCAUCCGCCGGCAUCACCAAGCCAGCAUUGCACGAGACCGGAGCGUCGAUCCUCCAUCCGACUCCUUGGUCCGUGAAACCCGCACCCCCUCCGCAUUCCGCUCCUUCGCCAGCUUCGUCCAGACAAUCCCGCCCAUGCAACGGCCGUACUCGAAUUUUGGGGAGCCCCACAGCGGCGGCAGCGGCCGCGAGCCCAGCAUGCAGAGCAACGACGUGCGCAUCGUCAUUCAGCGGCCCAACAAGUCUCGGCCUUGGAACAGUGCACUUUGGCCCAUCCCGCCGGGCUACGCCGAGAGGUUCACUUUCUUGCGCUCGUCGACCGUGCUCUCGACGGCGUCGGAUGCGGAUGGGGCAGAGACGACGCGCAGGCAUUGGAGUUUAAGGACGGAACAUGCGAGUAGCUCCAAUACGCCGCCCGUCUUGCCUGUUCCUCGGGGUCCCGGGGGCCCCCUGAGUGUCAGUAGUGAGACGGGGACGGUUAGUGGGUUUUCAGGACGGAGUUUGUUUAGUAGUUGGAUUGGGAGGUCGUUAUAG